CGUAUCUAUUCCAAACUGAUGACCUUCCCCGCACGAAUGAAUGCCGAGGAGCGGUCCUGUUGCAGUACUAGAAGAUGUUUGCUGCAAAGAUACGAAGUACAAGCUUUCUGCUUCUGAGACUGGCUGUCACGGUAUGCUGCCCUGCUGGAAGGAUCUAAAGGAAGCGGGGAAUCCAGCGAAGUAGGUGUAUAAAUACCCAAGCGUCGGCCAGGAUGGCUCUCCUGUCCACCACUCACUGUCAAGAACAGCCUUCUACUCUUUAAUACUCACUGCACAAAAUGCAGAAACCUUCUUCGUGGGCAUUAGCACUCACCGGCGUCUUUUAUCUUGCGCUGGUGAGUGCUGCCGAUGUCGAACCCUCCAGCAAUGACUUGACUAUUUUCUUCCAUAACAAUGGCAACUGGUCUUCACAUGGGACGAGGCCAAGUGCACUAUUCAUCAACAACCCUGACAGCUACUCUGUUGCAGCCAGCAUCUGUGAGGCAUACAAUGAGACCCUCUUGGACUGCAAGGACUUCUCGGACUACGCAUAUGAGUUCUCCUACCAGCAGUACUUGGGGAUAAUCAACGAAAACCAAACUUUUUGGUCGUCCUGCUCUUCAUCUGACCCUGUGAACUCCCAGGGCACGGCGUCCACAUCGAGCUCCGCUUCAGCAUUCUUUUGCACAAAUAACGCACCCGUUGUCAGCACCGUGGACACGGAUUACUCCAAGUUUCCUACCGUCAGUAUACAGAGCAAUGGCACUGUGUUUGAAGGCCUUCGGGAUCACAUGGCCUUCCGAUUCAUCGGAAUACCUUUCGCCAAGCCGCCUGUCGACGCUCUACGGUUCCGUUAUGCCGAGGACUGGAACGGAAGUUAUGUCAACGCAACUCGCUAUAGCGCUGGCUGUCUUCAAUACGGCUGGUUUGAUGGCGACUCCUAUGGGUUGAAUCCUUGGGGCAAUAGCGAGGACUGCUUAUACUUAAAUGUAUACAGCUCCUCCCUUCCUUCUGCUAAUUCAUCGGCACCCCUGAAACCGGUCAUGCUCUGGUAUCAUGGCGGCGGCCAGACCACUGGAACCGGUACGGACUCCACCUUUGACGGUGCCAGUCUGGUCAGUCGUUCUGACGUCGUGCUUGUCGUUCCAAACUACCGGCUCAAUAUCUUCGGCUAUCUCUCUACCGGGGAUGAUAUAAUUCCUGGGAACUUCGCCUUGACUGACAAGCUCUCUGCCUUGCAUUGGGUGCAGAAGCACAUUACCGAUUUUGGUGGUGAUCCGAAUAAUGUCACCAUCUUUGGUCAGUCUGCUGGCGGUGGGUCAGUAAUUGACGUACUAACGUCUCCAUAUGGUGACGGCUUGUUUAACGGGGUAAUCCUCCAGUCAGCUGGCCGUGGCCAUGACACGUACCCCGAGAAAGCCGCUGCCACAAACGUGCCUGUGCUCAACCAAUACUGCAACAGCACUGGCUGGGAACGGUUACAGUGCUUGCAGGAACUCCCUGCGGAGACGUUACUCAACCUAACGUACAGUGAGCUUACUUCCUGGGAAAGUAUCGUCGAUGGGAACUACGUGCUCGACAUGCCCUGGGCCCAAGUGGCGAAGGGCCAGCCCCUGAUCAGUCGGAAAAUUAAGUAUCUGAGCGGACACAUGGUCGAAGAAGCGCAGUCCCUGCUUGAAACAGUUCUGAAUCCCAAUGUCACCAGCUUCGAGGAGAACCUGGAGAUUCUGCUGAACGACUCCCAGAUUACUCACGAUCAGGCUCAGGCCAUCGUGACCUCGGGACAGUGGCAGAUCGAUGGCUAUGCCAGCAACUAUACCAGUGACCUUGCCAAAACCUUCUCGGAUGUCUACAACGCAAGUAUCAACGUUGCCACAGACGCGCAGAUCACGUGUCUGGGAUAUGAGCUUCAUCAGAUCGGCGCUGCCGUCAGCGCAUUCGACGUGCAGUGGAUCUACGUCAUGCAUCGGGGAUAUGCACUUUCGUAUUAUGACUACUACAAUCUGUGCACGUUUCCCGUUGGAAAGCCCGAGACUCCUUAUUACCGGUGCCAUUCGAGCGAUCUGUAUGAAGUGUUUGGCACAGCAUAUCUGUUUGACCAGCCCAUCCGGGUGGCCGAAGACGUCUACUACACCAACGCAGUCCAAGACAUGUGGGCAUCGUUUGCUCGCACGGGCAACCCCAACACGAAAACCGAUUAUCUGCAGGCUCGCGGGUAUAACACGACGUUGGACUUCUUUGCCAACUGGUCCUGGCCGGAAUACAACACAUACAGCCCGCAGAUCGCCAACCUUCAGUACCCUCCGCUCGCACCCUCGAUGCUGCCGGAUCUGGCGCAUUGCAAGAUUCUUCUUCCAUACACGACCUUGAUCUAGUAGAUUGGAUGUCGAUUUGAUUGUUAAUCCUGAUGGUAUAAUGAGUGUAUGAGUGUGUUGUCCUCCAUGAGAACAGGUAGGCCUAUAGGCAGACUUUUUUUAUCGCUGAUUUGUUGUCGUAUGAAAUACAAAAGAAAGGGACAAAAGAUAUUAUCUUAUCUAACCUCAAUGUAUCCA